AUGAAGUUCACCUUAACAGUUCUACUUGUCCUUGAAGGGAUCAAUGUUAUUCUAACCGACAACCCGUCAUCUACGACGCAUCAAUACCCACCACAUCCAAGCACUGCUGUAACAGGCACAGCCGCGACACCAACAGCCAGCUCAUGCGAGGAUGAUCCUGGGGCGAAGUGUGAAAAUCUGAAGCCGCAAUGCUUGGAUCACCGUUACGAUGAGCUUAUGGACAAGUAUUGCCCAAAAACCUGCAAUAGAUGUGAUAAGCUGAAAUGUGUUGACACUUCUGCAUUGUGCUCUGUUUGGAAUGCUCAAGGAUUCUGCAAGAACACCUUCUACAGUGAUGAUAUCAAAAAACAGUAUUGUGCGCGAACAUGUGAUCUGUGCUGA